AUGGCACAAGAAAGGAUGUCCGAGCUGGACAGCAUAGUCCGCAGGCAGUACCACCGCUUCCCAGCCGAGACAUGGGAGCUCACCCGGAAAGCUCUCGAAGACCCCGAGCCCUACCGCCUCUUCCAACACAUCGAGGUCCUCAUCUUCACGCGUAGAAUCGAUGACGUGCUCAGGAAGAACCCAGAGUUCCGUGCUCUGCUGGCCGACAUGUAUGGCAAUCGGUACGACUGGCUGCGGGAUGCGGACCUGGGAACGGGUCGAUGGGAGAACUCCCGCGAGAACGCGGCCGAGAGCCUGGCCGCGCGGGCAAAGGAGUCCGAGAAGGAGCGCGCGGACACGGACAAGAAGAAGAGAGACCUCAUGAUCGAGAAGAUCGCCGAGGGCGGCGACGAUGUUGUCCGGUGGGCCAAGGUCUUGGGGUUCGAAAACGUUGCGUUCCCGAUAUACGAGAUCCAAGCAGCCGCGACGAGAAUGAAGACGGAACGCGCCGACCUUGGCGCCGAAGGCGGCGUUGCUGGCUACGGAGUCGGCGAGGCGAGAGAAGACAUUGGCGGAGUAGAUGCCACCGCAUGUCCCGACGGCCCCGAGGGCACAUACGGCCCGUCCUCGCACAUGAGCAUGGGCAAACAGCUCGCGGCCAUGUCCAAGGAGCACAAGCAGCCGCCGCCCGUGCCAAAAGCCCCCGCAGAGGGCGGAGCGGCGCCGCGGAACCCCUUCACGACGGAGUGGCGGCAUCGCGACGCCCCCAACGGGUGGACGUACCCGGCGACGUUCGACCCCUAUUACAGCAGCAACCAGUUCAUCCGUCGGUCUACGAGUUACAAGCUACCUUACGUAGGCCGAAUCGAAGAUGACGACGACGAGGAAGAAUCGGACAACGCAGUACUCGAGACUGAAGAGACUGAAGACGACGAAGCACUCGAGGCUGAAGCCGAAAGAGACAGUCAGGCACGCCCAGCGACGGCUCCGACUGGCUUGGCAGCGAUGAUCACCACAACUCGGCUCAAGCCCGUCGGGGUAUCAAGUAGAACAGAAAGUCGUAGCCAAGCCUUGAAGAGGAAGACCAGGCGUCCCAAAGAACAGAUCCGAGUGAGGAGGAACAUGACAACUGUGUCGACUCUUCGGCAACAUUCACCUCCCGUACUUCCAUUCUUCAAAACCAAGCGCAGAACAGACUCUCAGCAAGGUCCAACGACGGGUGAGUCAGCAGCCGGACCGUCCAUCACCAUCACCUCGCCCACGGACCAAACAAGGCCCUUCGAACAGUUUGAGCAAGAAACCGAGACCUCGGCCCUCGCCCCUGCGCUUGAAGGCAGCCGUAUCUACACGCCCCCCCGGGAAGAGACCCUGCUCUCUCCGCAGAGCACCGACGAAACGACCGAUGAGGACGACGUCGAUAUGGUCGACGCCGACUCGGAGUACGACGUGGAGGACGUCGAGGGCGAGGAUGAGGACGACGCGGUCGAGAUGAUGUUGGAGGAGGGCCACGGCCAGGACUGGCUCAUCGAGUGGCUGAAGCGCGACCGCUCCACGUCCGAGGAGGACCUGCGCAUGAUUCACUACCAUGGCUGGCGCGUCCACUCGCCAAAGGUACAGCUCAUCCUCAUCAAGAACUUUCUCGCCGACGAGGACAUGGAUCGCACCAUGGACUGGGAGCGCAAGUUCGCCGAGAUUGGCGAGUUCCUGCAAUACUGCCUCCGCAGGGAGGGCGUCACCAGCAGGGACUGGUACGUCGACCUGUGCGAGUGCAUCGGCAUGCUGCACAUGCACUGGAUGUUUGAGCAGUACCACUACGGCGACAAGAAGCUCGUCGUCGACUUCCCGGCGUACUCGGGCGUCAGCACGCGUCUGCCGCCCCUCCUCGACGGGCGCGACCUCAUCGUGGCGAAGCGGCCCAAGGACCCGGUGCGGCCCCGGUACCUCCUCCACCGGGUGCCCGAGUCCGUCCAGGAUGUGGACUACCAGAUCCCCGGACCGCUGCUGCGGACCAUGUUCAUGACCUGGUUCCGCCAGGACGGCAACCUCGUCUGGUCCGCCGACCCGAACGGCCCGAUGCCGGGCUCCGGGCAGCGCGGGGAAGUGUUCCAGUACCAACCGGACUUCAACAUGGCCCUCACCGAGGACCUCUGGUUCGUGCACUGCAUGGACGCCGGGCCCGAGACGACGGCAACGGGGCUGCGCGGCGAGGCCAACUUCUACAUUCUGAACAGCGAGUAUGUGCCCGGCGAGGUCCGCGAGUCCGAGGUCGGCGAGAGGACGCACAAGGCGCAGAUCUAUUACCCCGAGGGCGAGGCCCAGCAGCGCUUCGCCCGGUACCGCGGCGCGAAACGCGCGGCGCUGCAGCAGUGCCUCUCGCACUUUGACGCCGUCGAGAACGUCGCCAUCCAGAGCCCCUUCCGGAAGCUUGUGCUGCCCCUGACCCGCCGGCAGAAGCAGCGCGCCCGGGAGGUGGCCGGCAUCAAUAUCGUCUACAAGCCGCACGCCGUCAAGACCCUCCCCAAGGGCGCCCAGGCCGACGAUCCGCUGGGCCUGGUGUACUGGUUCCAGAAGAUGCGGGAUAACCACGGCGAGCGCGCUGACACGGUGCGGGGCGAGACGGAGGAGGCGCACCGCGGGGCCGUCGGGGACCUGGACACGGUACUGCUGCCGCACAGCUUCCUUGGCCCCGUCACGCCCUUCAACUUCCUCAAGGAGAGCGAGCGGAGGCUGGUGGCGCGGCACACGCUGCUGGUCAACCUCCGCGACCGGGUGAGGCGGGCGUACGGCCGGAACCCGCGGCAGAUGCUCGAGGGCGUCGUCGAGAACAUGGACCGCGGCCGGUGCGGGGAGGCCUCGUGGAACAUGCGGGACGAGCUGACGGCGCACCGGGAGAGGCACGGCCGGUACCUCGAGAUGAACGACAUGGAGCUGUACUGGGUCGACUUCGUGUGCGGGCCGUCGACCAACGCCAAGGCGCAGCGGGAGGCGCUGCCGAACCUCGGCCGGCCGUUCGAGGUGUUCACGGCGCGCGUGCAGACGCUGCUGGACGAGCCGAGCCGGGAGUGCCUCUUCGGCCUCAAGGAGAACAAGGUCGGCCUGCAGCAGGUGACCAUGGCCCUCAACACCAGCCUGCGGCAGGGCGACUACGUCUUCACCGAGGACAUGGUGAACAAGUACAGCUGGGUCCUUGCCGACCACGGACGACUCGGGUACGAGCGCGCCGAGACGGGCGAGGUGCAGAUCAGCCGGCCCGAGUGCCCAUGGCACCCGGAGAACCGCAUGAACUGGCCGCGGGACGACGACCACUGGGACCCGGCGACGGACCCGUGGACGGCGGCCAACGUGCCGUCGCCCGACCACACGUGGGACUGGGAGACGGCCUUUGCCAACAUCGAAAAGGUCAACGCGACGCGCCGCGCGACGAAGCGUAUGCUGUGGUCCAUCGCCUACCGCGUCGGCAUCGAGCUCGACGCCCUGGCGGCCAAGCUCGCCGGCGUCGACGACACGCUGAGCAGAACGGCCAAGUGGGAAGCCCGCGCCGCGCAGCUGGAGGAUCUUGCGGCGAGCUGGCGGCAGCGGUUCGACCGGCCGGCGGUCGGUGAUGGGGACGGGAAUGGCAACGAGAACGAGAACGGGGACGGGAAGGUCGCGAGGCGGCCGGCGUCGUACAUCAGCGUCGUCAAGGCGGGAUACCCGGGGCGGUGGAAGAAGAAGAUGACGGAGGAGCAGGCCGUGGAGAUCGUCCGCAGGGGCAUCAUCGACGAGCUCUCGGCCGGCGCCACCACGCUCUGGCCGAGCCGGCCGCGCUUCAGCCGUGUCGGCGGGCGGGAUGUCAUGACGCUGCACCGGGAGCGCGUGUGGGAGUGGGCGCGGCCCGCGGUCGUCGGGCCCAAGAAACGCUUCUUUUCGGUGAACCGGUGGCCGGUGCACCUGCAGAGCGAGGCGACGCAGACGGAGAUCCGGACGAGCGCGAUCCGGGCGAAGGCAGAGCGGGAGGCCGAGGAGGCGCAGAUCGCGACGGAGAUGGCGCGGGUCGAAGCGCGGGCGCGGCCGACGGCGGAGGAGGUGCACAAGGCGCAGCUGGCGCGGAGCCUGUCGGUGCCGUUCCACGAGGCGAACGACCCGCGGACGCAGUUCUUCCCGGGCCACACGGAGUACUGGGAGGGCGACACGCCGCUGCAAAAGAAGGUUCUCGAGGCGCACGUGCAGCGGGUCAUUGACGAGGAGCUGGGCCCCAACGACGGCAAAGCCCCGCGCGGAACAGGCUGGUUUGGCCGGGGGCGCGCCCAGGCGUCCAGCAGCGGAGGCGGAGGCGGAAGCGGCGACGCCUUCGCGUUCCCUGACGUGGUCCCGGAUGUCGUGCCGAGGAGCGUGCCGGCACGGGCCGGUUUGUCCCUGGGGAGGCAGACGGCGGUGUCGGACGGGAUGCCGUCCAUAGUGCCGAGAGUCAUUGAAAGACGGGAGCCAUUGCUUUCACCGCGGUACCCGCCGGACCAGCAGCCGCAGAGCCGGGAGCCGCAGAGAAGGGUGCGGUUCGAGGACCCGGAGUAG